CACAUGCUACAUUAAUAUGUUCUCUUUCCUAAAUUUUGAAACAUGUAGAACUUAUCUUAUGGUAGAAAAUGUAAUCCUAGUAUUUAGUUCAAAACUUGGUGAACUCUUUAACCCUCCUUAUCUCACUUCUCUCGUGCUUUUGCUGAUUUCUAUGUCUAUAGAUGAGGAAGAGUGAUGAGCGAAGAAUCCAAAUUCCAUGACAUGUAUGCGUAAAUACUACUACUGCCAAUAAAGAAGGCCAACAUAAUCACUUUAUCAACACAGAAAGCGAAGCUUCUCUUUCUUUUCCAUCAAUACAGUUACCAUCUGGAGACUUUUUGUCUCUUUGUAUUUCUUAUGCAUUGAAUUCCUCAAUAACAAUGUACAGAAUGUAGAACACAGUCUAGGUGAGCAAGUAAAAGAAGAUGGAGUUUGAUCUUGAAGAUCCACUAGUCAACUUGGAAGAAGAGCAAACCUUUACUAUAUCAAAACUCUUUGCCUCUGAAUCUGAUCACAUGCCCUCCCCAAACUGCUUAAGCUCAACACAUUUUCACGUUUCCUUCCGUUCUGAAGCCAUAUCUCUUAUACUUCAGGUUCAGUUUUCUUGCAAUUUGGACCUAAUUGUAGCUUACCUUGCUAUAAAUUACUUGCACCGUUUCGUAUCAAGCCAAGAAAUUCCGCCGGGGAAGCCGUGGUUUCUCAGGCUUCUUGUCAUAUCAUGUCUUUCUCUUGCUUCCAAGAUGAAGAACACAACUAUAUCAUUUUUGGAUACGCAGAAAGAAGGUUGCAACUUUAAGGUUCAAAAUAUUCAGAAAAUGGAGCUUCUUAUUCUGGGGGCUCUGAAAUGGCGUGUGAGGUCAAUUACACCUUUUUCUUUCCUUCAUUUCUUUCUUUCUUUAGCCGAAAUUAAAGACCAAACACUGAAGCAAGCACUUAAAGAAAGAGCUUCAGAGAUAAUCUUCAAUGCUCAAAAUGACAUUAAGUUCUUAGAGUAUAAACCUUCAACUAUUGCAGCAACUGCCCUUAUCUUUGCAUCUCAUGAACUAUUUCCGAAGCAAUAUUCUAUUCUGAGAGCUUCAAUUACAGCCUGUGAGUAUUUAGAUGAGGAGAUGUUGCCCAAGUGCUUUGAUUUGAUGCAAGGGAUGUUGAGAAUGGAAGCAAAGAAGUUAAUGAUGGAUACAAGAUUUUUAAGCACUGUAACUCCAGUGAGUGUGCUGGAGAGAAACACCAAACGACAAAGAAUUUGAUGGUCUUUGUUGAAGAAACAGAUUCAAGUUUUCUCAAACUCAAGAAGGUCGAAGCUGAGGGAAAACAAUCAUGUUUUUUCUGUGUCACUGUUUCCACUCAGUCCAAAACAGAGAGGACGCGAGGCCUUGAUUUUGGAAUAUGAUAGUUGAGAUAUCCAUACAUUCCUGAGUGUCGUUCACCAAAAUGAAAUUCAGAAAUAAUUAAAUUAAAUGAAAUGGAAGUUGUAAGGUGGCACCCCUGCAAUGAAAUAAAACAGCUGAUAUAGGUGUUAAUUUGAAUCUGAUUGAACGUUUAUUAAGGUCGUGACAGAAUUACAUCAUAGCUGGCAUGUUUCGUUUCUAAUUUUAAGCAAGUAAAAUCAUGCCAAAAUGUGGUUCAGCGUGAGUUUCACUGUUUUAGGCUUGGCUGUGGCUGUUAAAGAAUACAUGUUACUGAAUAAUGAUAUGUUCCCUAUGUUGCGUUGUUAUUACUUGAAACAUAGAGAAGCCUAAACAUUGUUCCAUUUCAAGAUGGAUGAUGUUGUCCAAAUUGCUUUAAGA